UCCUUUUUUCUCCCACCCAGAAGCCAUGUCCCCACCUUACCAAUCUUCAUCUCCUCCCUGAAGCGUUUCCACCUCACUCCAAGCAGUCUACAAACCGGUUGAACAGGUCGAAAGAAGAAGAUGACAAAAAAUAAUAAUACAGAGGUGGAUCCUCCCCCCACCGUUAUUUCACAACUGGUGCCUUUUCUGCAGACACUCAUACCUCAUCUAUGCACGUUUGAUCUCCGUAAGAAGUCAAAGAGGAGAACAAUUCAUCAAGAUUUGGGCAAUAUACCUCCCACCAUCGAAGCUUCAAAUUAAUUGGAUUUUAUAUCAGUUCCAUGUUGACCUUGAGAAUACGUACACCGGUUUGUACAGAAAGUUUGGACCAAGCAUCUUUGAACCUGCUAAAAUAUAUGGAAUUGGAUUUCGCCUGGUAACUUUUCUUUGCAUUUUAUUUAUGACUGAGAAGCAUGGUUAUUCAAAAUGUCCAGUCAAGAUACACAGACGGGAUUUAAGUUCUGAAACUGUUAUCUAGAAGACUACCUGGGAAAUAUUCAUACAAAAAUAAUUUCGAGACUUUUCUAUAAUUUGAUUUUAUACUUUCAAUCACAAGCAAAUUCACAGUAUUGGAUUAUAUUAAUACAUCUUUACAAUUUUUAUAAAGAUAACCUGGCCACUUUUUAUGCAUAGAUUUUGGAGGAUAAUGGAAUAGACGGAUUGCGUUGGGACAAAUGUGAAAACAAUUUAAACUAGAAAUUUCCGUGUAUAGAUUUGAAAACAUUUGGAUUAUCUGACUCGAAAACAGGUAUCAGGUGUGAAAAUUUCAAGCCUCUAUCUACUAGCAAGGUACAGUAAAGACGCUACAACUGUCAGCGAGUCAGAUUACCAGAUACAUCCGGAGAGCUCCAGGUGGACAAAAUGCCCAGGGCAUUUCUGGUGAAGAAGUCCAGCCUGAAAUUAGGAAAGCGAAACUGGGGAGAAGUGCCUGAUGAGGACAGAGGAGAACUGUAUAUUCCAGUGACCUUUCAGUAUGUUGCCCGAAAGGAAGUUGAACCAAAGUAUGAAAAUGAGGUGGCUCUGGAUUUGUCUGUUCAUCACAUUCGCUGCCUGGCAGAACCUUCCCCUUAUCGAGAGACAGAGAGGAACAUCAUUCAAUUACCUGAAACACAAGACCAAAGGCUUUCAACGCAGGAGGAGGAGCAGAGGAUGCUGUUCUGCUGUACUCUCUGUGACAAAAGCUUUUCCUACCAGCGGAUGUUGAAUCGUCAUAUGAAGUGUCAUAGUGAAGUGAAGAGGCAUAGAUGUGAACAUUGUGGGAAAGGUUUCAAUGAUACAUUUGACCUCAAAAGACAUGUCCGUACCCAUACAGGUGUUCGGCCAUACAAAUGCCACUUGUGCGACAAAGCUUUCACUCAGCGAUGCUCACUGGAGUCACACUUGAAAAAAAUACAUGGCGUGCAACAGAAUUAUGCCUAUAAGGAACGUAGGAACAAACUCUAUGUUUGUGAGGACUGUGGAUAUACAGCAGACAGCCAGGAAUCGCACCUCCAUCAUAUCCAAAAUGAGCAUCCCAACAGUACCCUAAUCCAGCGUACCUCCAAAAAAAUGUCUGGCACACUACAGGACGAUGUUAGCCCCUUGCUACACAGUAGUCAUUUUAUUUGAAAGCAGCAAUUUUGCUCUGCAUAGACAUAACCGAGCUUUGGUAUCAUUUCAAUUAAACUGGUAGGUCAUGGACAUUAUAAUAACCAAAAACUUUACAAGAGCGAAAAUUACAUGUCUAUGGUAGAUUACCAGUUGCCUAUCCUGUCUGAAUAAGAAAAGAAGCAACCAAUUCUCUUUUAAUGACAUGAGAUUAGACAAGAAAGCCCUGAAGUUAUUAAAAAAAAGCAUAACUAUGUUACAGGGAAAGUGUAUUACUAUUGAGCACUUAUUUUUUUAUUAUCACUGCAGUAUUUACCCUAAAGUCACUUUGAUGGGACUUUCACAUUAAAUGCUUGUUUUUGCAUCUGUUUUUUUUUUUAAUCAAAUUAAAGCUUAUUUAAACCCAAAAACUCAGAGCCCCACACACACACAUUUUCAUUUGAUAAUCCUACAAAUAAAAUAAAUAAAUUGCUCUUAGUGUAAAAAGUAUGUGUAGAGUUGCACUGACCACUCAUCUGAAUACAUAAUAACAAAACAAAUGAAAUACAUUUGUGUGGGGGGGCCUGCCUGUCCUCAUAUUCCAUAAAUGAGAACUCCUGCAAGUAUCAUAGAUGAGCGUGAAUUAAACACCUAAACAGCCAUAACUUCAUGACCACUGACUAAGAUACUACUCUGUAGUAUAAAGUGAGGGUAUACUAAUGCGCAAACCAAAUGAGUAAGGUUCAAUGAGUGGCUGCCAACAUGAAUAAGUGUUCCUACAUUGUGACAUUAUAUAGGUAAGUAAAUGAUGGGGCGCUUACUCAAUAUAUAGUGAAUCAACUUCCAAAGUGCUAAUGCAAUAAUAUGCAAUCCAAUGUUAAGUGUAAAUAAUAUUCAAUAGAUGAUGUAAAUCCAAAAAGAAACAAAAAAUAAAAAAAUCACAAAAACGUUCAUAAAGUGCUUGUGCAGGAAAAAAGUUAGUAAAGCAAUGUAAUUUCGUCAUCCUUAGUACAAAA